GGUGUGAAUAUUAAUCACUUCUCAUUCCAAAUCCAACCAUGAAUAGUCUUGUGCUGUGUCUGCUUAUCUGCUUUGCUUCUGCAAAUUCUCGACCUAAACUACAAAAUAAUAAUUUUGAUGAAGGUGAAGACAACAGGCCAAUGCGCCAGAAAGCUGAUGAUAUUUUGGUAACAUCAACCCCUUGUACUACGAAAACCUUUACUGAUGAGGAUAUCAAUGUAGACAAGGACGAAGGUGAAAAUCAAGAUAAUGAGGUAGAAGCAGAUUCUGAUCAGGAGGAGAGAACUGAUAAGAAUGAAGAUGAUGGUGAAGAUGAUGAAAAAGUGGUUUCUGUAGCUGGAGAAGCUGAUAAGGAUCAAGAGGAUGGCACUGAUGAGAAUGAAAAUGCUGGCGAUUAUGUAGAUGAAGAUCAAGAUAAGAAUCCAGAUGAAGAAGAAGAUGAUGAAGUGGUUACCAUAGCUGGAGAAGACCCAGAUCAAGAUCAAGAUGAAAAUGAUAAAGUGUUUGCUGUAGCUGGAGAAGCUGAUGCUGAUCAGGAAGAGGAUGCUGAUGCUGAUGAAGAUGAUAAUGACGAAGGAGCUGAUGCUGAUCAAAAAGAGAAUACUGACGCUGAAGAUGAAGAUGACAAAGUGUUUGCUGUAGCUGGAGAAGCUGAUGCUGAUCAGGAAGAGAAUAGUGAUGAUGAAGAUGAUAAUGAAGAUUUGGUUGCAAUGGAAGGAGAAGCUGAUACUGAUCCUGAAGAUGAUACUGAUGCUGAUGAAGAUGAUAAUGAAGAAGUGUUUGCUGAAGCCGGAAAAGCUGAUGCUGUUCAGAAGCAGGACUCUGAUGAGAAUAAAGAUGAAGAUGAAGAUUAUGAUUUUGAUAAUUAUCUGAUGUAAGAACAAGAAACUUUCCUUUGAUCAAAAAUGUUUAACCAAACAAUUUUUAAAUCCUCCAAACCUUUGUUGCCAGAUAAAAUAAAUAAUAUUUCAAUUGAUUUUCAAUUGAUACAUUUAAAAUGGAAAUGAAUGAAAUCAUUUUAUAAACCCUUUCCAA